AUGAUGUGUAAAAAUUCGGGCUAUAUCUAUGAAACUAAAUAUAGCCCAAAGUUUAUUCUAAAAGACAUUUCAAGUGCUAUUCAAAAUAGCAAACUACAAGAAAUUAGACAAAGUGACGAGGGUGUUUUAUCCAUAAGAGACAAUAACUACAACAGCUGUAAAUAUGGAAUUCACUAUGAUAUUUUAAGUGCUUUAGUUAAAACUUACCCCAUCACACGAUAA